UUGAUAAUCUGUGGACAGAAGUGUCAAGAAGAAGCUCAAAUAAUCAGGAUUUGUUCACACAACAAACCAGUAAAAUGUCGAUUUAUUUCAGUGGAUCCUUUACCAGAUCUGGUGGCGUGAUUAGCGCCAUAAUUAAGCAGCUGAAACUGGUCAACCUGAAGCCGGUAAAGAGAAUCAAAGUGAAAUUUGACCCAUUUCACCCGAAAGCCGUAGUGGCCAGGGACUUUCUCUUUCAUCUUAAUGCGCCUCGUGUGCAGGAAACCAACCUAAAUUGUCCUAUUCGAGCAGAUGUGGUCUGUGAUCGCAGUGAGCCGGAAAUUCAGCUCGAUUUAGUUGAAUCUGGGAGCAUAAAGUUUCUACUCAAUAACUUGACUGUGUUGGAAAUUCUACAGCAAAUUAACGUUCAUAUUAGCUCCAAAGUCAAAGUCGAAGAAGUCCCAGGGCCGGAAUUAAAGUCAACCAAAACAAAGCACAGGAGGUAGCAUGGGGUCGAAAGACACGGCUGCAAGAGAAAGAGGCGUCCAUGCAUUUUACAGUCAACUACCAGCUUUUACGGAUGUAUUUGAUGAGGAAUCAUUCUAUAUAUUUGCGUACUGCAUGGUCUGUACCACACUUGUUAUAGUGUUCAUCCUAUCCAGAUUUAUUACGAUUAAACCUGUAGACUAAUCAAUAAACUUAGUUUAUGUUUGA